AUGGACUGGUUCUAUAUAACAGCCUUUAUUUCUUUGCUGGCAAACCCCUUAUGGGCUGCACAAAAUUUUAAGGUGGUUUGCUUUUUUGAUUCGGCAAAUACCCUCAACCUGACCCUAAAGGAUUUAGGCAAUGCCAUUGGCGAUUGUAGCCAUUUCAUUUAUGGCUAUGCCACCUUGGUGCCAUAUUUCUUUCCAAUCUCCUUUGAUGGUACUGUCGGCCAAACUGUCUUAUACUCUGAUAUUAUCCAGUUGAAAAAUCAAUUUCCUCAAGUCAAAUUCCUCUUGAGUGUGGGUGGAGAUCGUGAUCGCACGGAUGGUGAAAAAUAUUUACAUCUUCUUGAGACGACAAUAGAAAAUCAGCAGAAUUUUAUUAAGUCCAUUGUGAAAUUUGUGCAAGGCUAUAAAUUUGAUGGUAUCGAUUUGGCUUAUCAAUUUCCCAAGGAGAGGAGUGAGCAGCAGCAAUAUAAGCAACCCUUUAGCAAGUUGAUACAAAGUUUGGGUACAGAGCUGGCGGCCAAUAACUUAAUGUUAACGCUGAGUGUCUUGCCUAAUGUCAAUGCCAGUUGGUACUUGGAUAUUCCCUCGAUUGAACCACAUUUGGAUUUCAUCAAUUUGUGGGCAUUUGAUUUUGAAAAUCCCAAAAGAAGUCCCCAUAAAGCAGAUUACUCAGCUCCCCUAUGGUCACCACCUCCAGCUGGUAGUCGCCCAGCCUGGAACAAUGCCAAUGCCGUCGUGCAAUAUUGGAAAUCACAAAAUAUUUCAAAUGAGAAAAUUAUUCUAGGCAUUCCGGUACAUGGUGUGGGUUGGAAAAUGUCCUCACAAUCAUGGGAUAAUAAUGGAAAUCCAAUAGUUUACCAUAUGGAAGGUCCAUCUAAGAUGACCGAUAAAUUUGGGCACCUAAAAUGGCCCGAAUUUUGUAAGAUGGUGCAAAAUCAAACGAUACAUGUUCGAGGAUCCUACGAUUAUGGUCGCUAUUUUAUUUAUCCGAAAAUUAAGGAUCAUCAGCAUGACAGUUGGAUUUCGUUUGAUGGGCCAAAUAUUGCCCAGUAUAAAUCGCUAUUUGCCAGGACUGAGAAAAUUGGUGGAGUUGCGGCAAUUGAUAUUAGUUCCGAUGAUUAUCUGGGUAAAUGUACUGGUCUGAAAUUUCCAAUUUUGAAAUAUUUGA